AUGGCGCCGAGAACGUCAGAGAAAACGAUGACACCGGCGGCGGCCGCCGCCACGGGGCUCGCGCUUAGCGUCGGCGGCGGCGCCGGAGCCGGCGGCCCGCAGUACAGAGGCGUCAGGAAGCGGCCGUGGGGCCGGAGGCCGCGCGGGCCUACGACGCCGCCGCGCGCGCGCGAGUACCGCGGCGCCAAGGCCAAGACCAACUUCCCUUUCCCUUCGUCGUGCAUGCCACUCGCCGCCGGCGCCGGAGCCGGCACCGGCACCUUGCCCGCGGCGGCGGCCGUCACCGGCGGCGGCAGCCGGAGCAGCAACAGCAGCACCGUCGAGUCCUUCAGCGGCGGCGACGUGCAGGCGGCGCCCAUGCAGGCCAUGCCGCUCCCACCGUCGCUCGAGCUCGACCUGUUCCACCGCGCGGCGGCCGCGGGCACGGGCGGCGGCGCCGUACGCUUCCCUUUCAACAGCUACCCCGUGACGCACCCGUACUAUUUCUUCGGGCAGGCCGCGGCUGCCGCGGCAGCAGGGUGCCACAUGCUGAAGCUGGCACCGACGGUGACCGUGGCGGCCGUGGCGCAGAGCGACUCCGACUCCUCGUCGGUCGUGGAUCUGUCGCCGUCGCCGCCGGCCGCCGUGUCGACGCAGAAGGCCGCCGCGUUCGACCUUGACCUGAACUGCCCGCCGCCGGCCGAGGCGCAGGCCUAG